AUGGACGUCGUCACCCCGGCGCAGGCCAAGCUGGCCGAGGCCGCGGGCGCCUGCGCCGUCAUGGCCCUGGAGCGCAUCCCGGCCGACAUCCGGAACAACGGCGAGGUCGCCCGCAUGUCCGACCCGCGCAUGAUCCGCGAAAUCCAGCACGCCGUCUCCAUCCCGGUCAUGGCGAAGGCCCGCAUCGGCCACUUCGUCGAGGCCCAGAUCCUCGAGGCUAUCAACGUCGACUACAUCGACGAGUCCGAGGUCCUCACCCCGGCCGACGACUUGCACCACAUCAACAAGCACAAAUUCAAGGUCCCCUUCGUGUGCGGCUGCCGCAACCUCGGCGAGGCCCUGCGCAGGGUCGCCGAGGGUGCCGCCUUCAUCCGCACCAAGGGCGAGGCCGGUACGGGCAACGUCGUUGAGGCCGUGCGUCACGCCCGCCAGGUCGCCGCCGAGAUCCGUAAAGUCACCCUUAUGGAUGACGACGAGCUUUAUACCUUCGCAAAGGAGAUUGGCGCACCGCUUGACUUGCUCCGUCGCACAAAGGAGCUCAAGCGCCUCCCGGUCGUCCAGUUUGCCGCCGGCGGAGUUGCCACUCCGGCGGACGCUGCCCUCAUGAUGCAGCUGGGCAUGGAUGGCGUGUUUGUAGGAAGCGGCAUCUUCAAGAGUGAAAACCCCCAAAAGAGGGCCGAGGCCAUCGUCAAGUCUGUGUCCAACUACGACAACCCCAAAGUACUCGCGGCGGUGUCGGAAAACCUCGGCGCACCUAUGGUCGGCAUUGAGAUGGACCAGUUGGUGCAGAAGUGGGCGGCUGACUCGCGCCACAAGACUCACUAGGGAGGAAGCCCUGUUGUUACUAGUCACUGUGUAAAUUGUCACCAUCGCUCGGUCUUGUUUUGUUGGACGCGUUUGUUUCUACAUCUCUCCACGACAAAGUGUCUUGUGAUAGGCGGAACGUCGCGAGUCUGUGACCGAGAGCCUUCCUAAGGUAUGUGUCGGUUGUUUCCCAGAUGAAAUGGUCUGAUCACCCAACCAGAGAUUCAACGCAUUUGGCACUUUUUCUAAUGGGGGCCCUACAUCAUCCGCAAAGCUACUCUGCUCGCCUGCGCGAAAAAAAAAAAAACUAGUUUCCCUCCUCAAGCCAUCUGGUUAAAUGAGCGACUAUCCGGCAAAGAUAUGGACGCAACCACAACUAUGCAGGGCUCAUUUCUUCUUACCAUUCGUUAAUUGGGUGAACGGGCGGCACUGCUUAUAAUGUUGUUUGUGUCCACAUACCAGCCAUGUUGCUGCGGGUUAUGUUUUUCAACGACUGGUCUUUGCUCUUGUCUUAACUUUGGACAGAAAGACAGUCGAGUCGGCAGGGGGUAUGAAGGGCAGAGGGGAAGGGUCGUCAGGGGCUGCAGGCGUUCUGCGGGAUGUGCGAUAGAGGGGAAAGCGCAGUGGGUGGUCUGGUUCGUCCAAGGAGCCGACAUGGCGCUAGCGUAGUAGUCCAUCAUCGAGUUAGGAGAAGCGUGGCAGAGGAAUAAAUGUGUUCAUUGA